GAUAGUGUUGAGUGUGGGAAAGAAAAUGCCAAAAAUGUGUGCACGUCUUUCGUGUGGUAGAGAUUUCCAUUGCGUUCCAGACAUUAAUACAGCCCUCGACACAGCAUGCAAAUCUGGGUUUGACUUUCUAUGUCUUCCACUUGUAAAUCCUCGGUAUCGACGAGAGUUUAUAAAUGGCCCUGCGAAGAAAAGACCUGGUGCCCUUACCAGAUCUGACAUGGUGGUCUCCAGUCAAGACUGGAGCAGCCUUAUCGUUGGGAAAGUAUCACCAUGGUUACAGAAUGAUUCCAAAAUAGAUACCGUGAGAAAGAAUUCUGAUGCAGCUCUGAGGCAGGAGCUGAAGUAUGCUGCUCAUCUGGGGAUGCCGGCCAUUAUGGUGCCGCUGAAGAGUCGAAACAUUCUCAACCUGGCCCGCUGCCUCAACGAACACAUGCUCUGCAGCUACUUCCAGCAGCAGUUCUGGAUGCAGGUGCCCCUGGUGGCUCCGUGGGACCAGCGAGAUGAUGUGAUCGAAGGACUUGAUGGUGGAGAUUCCCCCACUGAAGAUACAUGGGAAUGGUGGCAUCUGUUUCGCACACUGUGUGACUGCAACAAGAGACUGGGCAUUUGUCUGGAGAUGACCGCUGAUCUACCCAGUGAGAGUGUCCUUGAGAGGUGGCUGUCCGAACCCAUCAAAACAGUCAGCAUGUCCACAAACCUGUUCCUCACCAACAAGAAAGGCUAUCCAGUUCUGUCAAAGGCUCAUCAGUCCUUCCUAAGGAGGCUGUUCAGGUUGGAUGUACAGCUGAUUCUGACAGGCGUGGACCGACACCCAGACAAGGGCAUCCGGGCGUACCAGCAAUAUCUGGACCAUCUCUGGCAGAACCAGACUCCCCCAGAUGCUAUCAGCCAGUUCGCCAGGGGAUACGAGGACUACCUCCAGUCUCCACUACAGCCACUGAUGGACAACCUGGAAUCUCAGACAUACGAAAUUUUUGAGAAGGACCCAAUAAAAUACUCACAAUAUCAAAAGGCAAUAUAUUAUGCAUUACUGGACAAAAUUAAACCCGAUGAAAAGGACACAAAGAGUGUGAUAGUGAUGGUGGUAGGUGCAGGACGAGGUCCGCUGGUCCGGGCAGCCAUUGCAGCAGCAUCACAGGCCGACAGGAAGAUCAAGAAGCUGUAUGCCGUGGAGAAAAAUCCCAACGCUGUUGUUACACUGGAGAACCUGAAGGAUGAGAUGUGGGGGGAACAGGUGGAUGUCAUCUCGUGUGACAUGAGAUUCUGGGAGGCCCCAGAGCAGACUGACAUCCUCGUUAGCGAACUUCUUGGGUCCUUCGGUGAUAAUGAGUUGUCCCCAGAAUGUCUCGAUGGGGCACAGAGAUUCCUCAAAGAUGAUGGGAUCAGCAUUCCUUGCAAGUACACCUCCUACCUGGCGCCCAUCCAGUCAGCUAAACUCUACAACGAGGUUCGACAGUGUAAGGAAAAGGACAAGGGGCCAGAGGUUCGCCCGUUUGAGAUGCCGUGCGUCGUCAGCCUUCACAACUGCCAGCUCCUGUCUGAACCACAAAAGGUGUUCACUUUUGUCCACCCAAACAAAGAUGAAGUAAUAGACAACUCUAGGUACAAAAGUUUAGAUUUCACUAUUUCCAACGACUGUGUCCUACAUGGGUUUGCUGGCUACUUCGACUGUGUCCUGUUUGCACAUGUUACGUUAAGUAUAGUGCCUGCCACUCACUCCCCAGGCAUGUUCAGCUGGUUCCCUAUACUCUUCCCCAUCAAGCGUCCUCUCCUGCUAAAAGGGGAGAGCCAGGUUGUCCUUGACAUUUGGCGAUUGUGCACAGACAAGAAUGUGUGGUACGAGUGGGCCGUGCAGGAUCCUAUAGCCCUCUCCAUACACAACCCCAAGGGACGCUCCUACACCAUAGGGCUCUAGAAGACUGCAGACAAGGCAGAUACACAAACCCAAGGAGUGCUCUCAUACUUUAGGACUCUAGAAGACUAGAUCUGUGGCAUAUACACGACAUCCAUCUUCUAUAUCACAAGGGCUAGAAUUUACACCAAAUCAACACCAACCCAGGAUCCAUUCCUGUGGUUCUUGCAAUCACAAAUUACCAACCAAUGGAAUGUUGACACAGGGAAAGGGAGGUAACUUGUAUUACUUAGAAAUCAAAGCCACAGCCAGUUUGCGGAUGGUUUGGCAAAUGGAAAUCAAGGGCGGAUAAUUUGAGAUUGAAAAACCACAGGAAUGGCUGUAUUGGUUAAUGCAGGUUUACUGAAAAGCAAGCCCUGUAGAUAUAUAGAAGUUGACACAACUUCUUGAGGUGUUCUAGAACUAUUGAACACCUUGAGCUGGUGCUGUGGCAGACAAUGUUGUAAAACACCCUGUUCCCUCUGAGAAUCCUAACUAGUACUGUUACAUUGUUUGUUUUAGGGGUUGGGGGUAAGUGUCUGCACCUGAAAGUCUUUCUUGUUUUCAAUUAACUUCAAGAACAGGUAAUAUUGGGCAUAAUUUUCAAAAGUUAAGGCUUCAAAAUGUUUCCACUUUAUUGCAUUGGUUAUAUGUAAUCAUCUUUGCAAGCAUGCAUUUCUGCUUUUGAUGAAAAAGAAUUCUGACAGAUGGAUCGCGUACUUCAAAGAUUUGACACAAGUAUGUUGAGAUGAUAUGAAAAUUCACUGUGGAUUUGGACUCUAGAAUAGUGACAAGUAAUGGAGACAUUGUGUCCAGGUAUGACAUGGUGAAUUAGGAUUCCAAUUCACCGUAACGUCAGAGCAUUAUUGCAUGCCUUCAUGCCACGCUACCACAUUCGAGUUUCCUUUUUUUUUUCAGUCAUUUUGCUGAAAAUAACUUCCCAAAUUUCACUUUACAUUUCAUAUUACGUCAAUAUAAGCUGCUUUCCAACCUGAUUUGUUAAAAGCCUUUGUCCGAGACAAAUUUCUAUAACUUUUAGCCUUUUUGGCACAAUUUAAAUGUUUUGAAAAAAACAUAUAUGCUACAAUCUUUCAUUCUGAAGUAGACAUAUUUUGCAUUUGAUAAUGAUGAAGGUUUAACAUGACAUCCGUAAGAUUGACUUGCAAAAACCACUUUGUUUGUUCAGGUUGAACAUAUAUGUUGACGGUGCCUUGUUUCCACUGUCGAAACAUGUUCAGAUAUACCGGUAUGUUCUUUGUUUGUAAAACGCAUUUCAUGUGUUACAUCUGCUAUCAGACAUGCAUUUAACAUCAAAUUAGUUUCAUUAUUGAUUUCAUUAAAGAAUGAAGUUUUGAAUACGUUUGAAUUGAGGGUUUCAUGCAGUUUCAGAUUAUGAAUAUUGCUUAUGAUCUGUAAUAAUAUAUCAUUGUGAUGAUAAUUUCAACAGAAACCCCAUUUCAAGAACAUUUAUGUCUGCUUAGGUUUUAUGUACAAAGCAUGAAAAACAAUAUAUUACAAAGUUUAUUUUGUUUAUGUUCACAUAUUUCCUAACAGUAAAAUGUUUUCAGGAAAUUUGACCUUUGUUUCAGUUAUAGGUUUGUUUCAAUCCAUUUUACAAAAUUUAAGAAUCUAAGUUUUGUCCCAGUAAUGAACCUGUCAGUGAAUUUCACUGGAAUUGUAACCGUCUUCAUAAUAGGGUUUCCUCUAACAUAAAGAUAAAACCAUGAUAAAUUUGAAUCAAAAUGGAUCUGGACUGUCUGAAUUGAAAUUGUGUCUUAUGAUUGAAAAUAAUCUCUCAUUUAUACUUAGCAACAGGUUUAAACAUCUCAUUUUUUCAUAAUAGAAUCAAGUUAAAUUAUG